AUGCGUGCAGAAGCGCAGGAGGAGGACGCUGCGUCCAGCUUGUUGCUGAAGGACAUCCAGAAGCUCCUUCGGAGCGCUUUCCGCAGCCCCUUCUCACCCCAGGACUUCCCGUCGCUGCCACGGGCGCCUGGGAAGCAGCAACAGCAUCCGCUGCAGUCCUGGGAAGGCUCUGCGAGGCGGCCUACUGCCGUGCAGGAGGAGCUGCCCGGGGCGCACAUGGAUGGAGCCAUCGCUUGGCUGCGGGCAGAACUGUUGGAGAUGCGCUUUCAGAACUGGCAGCUCGCCAGAACCUUGGUGAAUUUAAACUUGGAAAUGCAGCGACUGAAGAUUGAAAAUGAACUGUCCACAGCUUCUGAAUGUUCAACCCUGGGAAAGAUCUUGUGA